CACGCUUUUAAUUGUUAUAGUUUUGGAACGCUAGCAAUUUAGGAUGGGGUGUGCUUUACGGCACCCUCUACUCGAGUGAAUUAGUUUUACUGCAAGAUGGCAGCGUCCGUGCGGUGUAGUGGAACCGUGUGCAGGGUUAGUUCUGUUCUCAAUAGAGAUAUCAAACAGUUUGGCAAACAGUUUCUCUUUGAUGGCAGAGAGGAGACCUGCUGGCAUUCAGAUCAGGGAUCAUCACAGUGGAUUCUUUUGGAAUUCCCACAACCUGUCUUGGUUACCCAAGUGAGCAUCCAGUUCCAAGGUGGAUUUUCAAGUAAAACCUGCACAUUAGAAGGCUGCCAGAAAGAAGAAGAAUUAAAAAGGAUAUCAGAGUUCUACCCAGAAGACUCCAAUACACUUCAAAUAUUCAAUUUUCCAGCACAUACCAUUCACAAGCUAAGGAUAUCUUUCCAAAACAGCGCUGAUUUCUUUGGGAGAAUAGUAAUUUACCACCUGGAUGUUCUCGGCCAGAAGCAAUAGCAUGUAUACAAGAAGAGCUGUUAUCUGAGUCCAGAAGAGCAAAAUCUACAUUUUUUAUAUGUUUGUACAUGAGAAACAUAACUGAUGAACACUGCAUUUGAUACGAGUCUUGGUCCAUCUGUCAUACAAUACACAACUUUUUGCAAAAAAGCCUUACAUUUGCCUUUGUACUGGGCUUGGAUAUUAUAUUUUAUAUUAUAUGGUUUUUAAAGUGUUUCCUGCUUAUCACCCCCCCCCCCCUUGCAUACAUUGAAUGUAUAAUACGCUGACACAAAAGUCAGUGUUCAAAGUAGUGCCAUUAAAAGAUGUGCUCAUGUUAACAAACGUGGCAUAUAAAGUGUUAAAUCAUUUUAUUAAAAUGGAGCCAGUACUGGGCAGAAGAGAGUGGUAAAUAGUCUGGGUCAGUAGGUGGUAACAUUCGGGAGGAGAUAUACUAUAAUAGCAGUAAUAAGCGUUCUGAUCUUGAUACAGCAUAUACAAUGUAAAAAACGAAAUUAAUUCUAAAGCUGGAUCACUUCAGAAAAUUACUUUGUGUGUGGAUUUUCACCAAGCAGUUACAUACUUUACCAUUUGAAGUAUAUAUAUAUAUAUAUAUAUUACAAUAUCUUGAGCCAGCCCAGGCUAAAAACAUUUGAUGGCAAUGUGACCCACUCAGUAAAUUAUUUACUAAGUUAAAGGAAUAGUGUACUCCAUUUAAUGUGUUCCCAAUGAUUUGUUUUAAAUGCUGGAGUGUAUUAAAUUGUUUACAAAGGA